UUGUUAUAUUUCUUAAUAUCCAUAUAGGGUAUUGUUUGACCUGUGAGUACUUUGAUUGGAUGUACAGUGCAUCCUGUUUUAUUUUGCAUGAAUCUAUUCUGUAUAAAUAUGACCUUGAGAAUAAACUUGAGAAUGUUGUGGUAGUCGCCUACAACAAACUGUAUCGUGGAGCAAUGAAGGUUUAUCAGAGCAUCCUGUUACUCUUCUGCUGCCAGUUUCUCCACUCUCUGUGUUUUGGUUUAGACUGUACCGUGGUGAGCGGUAACCUGAAGCAGAUAGACGCUGGAUCAGGCUCGGUGGUUGGAGUGAACAAUAAAAAUGAAGCGUUUGUCCUGAUUGAUAAUAUCUUCACAAAGAUCAGCACAUCUCUAACACACUUCAGUGUUGGUCCUGCUGGUCAGCUGGGGGUGGAUUCAGCGAACAAAAUCUUAAAGCUUAAGGGUGGCUCCUUCGUUCGGAUUCCAGGGCUUCUCAAACAGGUGGAUGCUGGAGGUGAUCAGAUCCUUGCAGGUGUCAAUAUGCAUGACAAUAUAUAUUGCGCAAAUAUGGAUACUAACAACAACUGGCCAUGGCCAUCCGGCUCUUCUUGGGUUCAACUUACUGGAAGCCUGAAGUACUACAGUUGUGGUCCGUACAGCUGUUGGGGAGUGAACAAAAAUGACCAAAUCUACAUCAAGAAGGAUGUGUCUGAUAAAGUCUGUUCUGGGUCUGGCAGUUUUGUGAAUAUUCCUGGAGCUCUGGCCAUGAUUGAAGUAGCAACUGAUGGCAGAGUCUUUGGUGUCAAUUCUCAAGGGAUGUUAUACCAAAGAAUGGGUGUCACGUACUCCAACCCCGCUGGCACAGACUGGCAACAGAUGACUGCUUGUCCCAAUGGCCACAAGCAUGUGAGCUUUGACCUGGGAGUGCUGUGGGCUGUGUGUCUUGACGGCUCCAUCCGUAAAUGUUCUUUAUAAUCUGUCUCUGGAGCAACAUAGUAGCUCAGUCUUUCACAGAAACUUAAAAGUAAUCAGUAAUUAACAGAAAACUAAAAGCUUGAUUAUACUUUGCCUUUUUUCUUCUCUUUUUCUUGCUGUUGAAUCAGU